AGGAGCGCGUGAACAGGGCAUCAUCUGGAUUUAGCAGAUAUCAACAUUGGGACGUAAAGACAUUGUUCAGUAACAUCUCAUGACUUGACUGCAUACCUCUUUGAACUUGCAACCUGCUACGUGCGCGAAUUUUAAACUUUGCGUUUGGACACCGGUGCCAUCUUCAAGUUUUACGCGAUGAUUUUUUGAUUGUUUUCCUGUGUUUGGCAUUGUGGAACUGACUAAGGAGUGGAACAACUAGUUAUUGUCUAGUAAAGAAAAUUCUUCAUUCAUCAUAUUUCACGGAGUUUACUUUUGGAUCAGCAGGGUAACAAGAACAGCUGAUUUGACAAACGUAGAGGACUAAUAUUUGGUUACCACUGUGAUAAAGAAGAAUGAUCCUCAGAUGUCAUCAUGCUUGGUUGGCACUUUGGCUUCUGUGCGUCUCCGUGAAAACGCAAGAUGCACAGCUGGAAGAUGAAACAGUUUUUGACUUGUUUGACACCAGUGGGAUCACACGCAAAACUGUCGGUGUGAAACUUUUCAAGGGUCUGGACAGCGAUUCUCCAGCAUAUCGCUUCAUCCGCUUCGACCAGCUGCCCUCUGUCAGCACUGCAGCCCUCCAACGACUUCUUAAGCAGAUACAAAACAACGAAGGCUUCAUUCUGACAGCUACCCUGCGCCAGGAUCGCACGUCCCGCGGCACCAUCCUCUCACUGGAGGGCCCUGGAGAGCGCAGACAGUUUGAAGUGGUUUCAGAUGGCCGAACCAACUCUCUAGAUUUGGUCUACUGGUGGGCCGAUGGCUCGCGAAACGUGAUUUCUUUUGAGGACGUAGACCUUUCGGAUUCACAGUGGAAAAAUGUAACGCUUCAUGUGCACGCAGAGACCGCAACAUUGUACAUUGGCUGCAAUCUCAUUGAUAGUUUCAUUCUUGAUGAACCUUUCUAUGAGCACCUUAGUGCCACAGGCGGCCAUAUGUUCGUGGCCAAAGGGGCCACCCGAGAAAGCCAUUUUAGGGGUUUACUGCAGAAUGUACGUUUUAUCUUUGACACCCCACUUGAGGACAUUCUGGAGAAUAGUGGAUGUACUCUUGGAAGCCCAGCGGAUGAAAAUGUAGUCAGUGAGAGUGCAGAAAUUGUGGACGUUCCAUCAUCCAUUGCCACUAAUGUGAUUGGCCAGAACACAGACGUGCCAGCGACCAGCUCUUCAGAACUGAUGUGCGAACGUUCUUGUGAAGAACUGGCCAAUCUCUUCCAGGAGCUCAAGGGUCUGAGAGUUGUUGUUAGCAACCUCAUAGAUGGUUUGCAGAAAGUGACAGAGGAAAACACAGCAAUGAAAGAGGCACUAAAUAAGAUGCAGAAUCCAUCAGAGCAAAGCAUGUGUUGGCAAGACGGGCGUGUGUUUGAAGAUAAAGAGGAUUGGAUUGUGGAUAGCUGCACUAAAUGUACCUGUCAAGAGGGAAAAGUUGUCUGUCGUCAGAUCUCCUGUCCUCCGGUGGCAUGUGCCAAUCCAUCCUUCAUCGAUGGGGAAUGUUGUCCGGUUUGCCUUCCAUUGGACAGUGAUGACGGCUGGUCCCCGUGGUCAGAGUGGACACAGUGCACAGUUACCUGCGGAAGUGGAACCCAGCAGCGGGGUCGCUCUUGUGACGACACCAGCAAUACGUGUGCUGGACCAUCGAUUCAGACACGCAAGUGCAGCUUGGGGAAAUGUGACCGAAGAGUUCGUCAGGAUGGAGGCUGGAGCUUAUGGUCCCCCUGGUCCUCUUGUUCUGUGACAUGCGGGGAGGGACUGAUCACACGCAUCCGCCACUGUAAUUCUCCUGUACCACAAAGAGGCGGAAAGGACUGCGAAGGUGACGGACGAGAGACGCAGAGCUGUCAGACAGAGCCCUGCCCGAUUGAUGGUGGCUGGGGUCCAUGGUCUCCUUGGGCAAUAUGUACGGCAACAUGUGGCGGUGGUCUUAAGAGCCGCGUUCGAGAGUGUAACAGCCCUGCCCCACAGCAAGGAGGAAGGAAAUGUCUUGGAGACUCCAUUGAGAAUGAAGUGUGCAACCGACAGGAGUGCCCUAUUGAUGGCUGUCUUUCAAACCCUUGCUUUGCCGGAGUUGAGUGUAGCACAGCUAUUGGUGGAUCCUGGGAAUGUGGUCCCUGCCCUAAUGGUUACCGUGGUAACGGGACUUUCUGCGAAGAUGUCAAUGAGUGUGAUAUGGUGUCAGACCUGUGUUAUAAGGUGGGUGGCCAACAGCAAUGUGUAAACACAGACCCUGGAUUCCACUGUCUUCCCUGCCCCCCAAGAUACAAAGGGACUCAGCCCUACGGCAUGGGAGUCGAGUCUGCUAAAACCAACAAACAGGUGUGUGAGCCCUACAACCCCUGCAAGGACAACAGCCACAGUUGCCACAAGUAUGCAGAAUGCAUCUUCCUUACUCACUUCAGCGACCCUAUGUACAAGUGCGAGUGUCGUAUUGGUUAUGCCGGAGAUGGUAUCAUAUGCGGAGAGGACUUUGAUCUGGAUGGAUGGCCCAACCAGGAUCUUGUGUGUGGAGCCAAUGCCACCUACCACUGCAAAAAGGAUAACUGCCCAACUCUUCCCAACUCCGGUCAGGAGGAUUUUGAUAAUGAUGGGCAGGGAGACGCUUGUGACAAAGACGAUGAUAAUGAUGAGAUUUUGGAUGAAAGGGACAAUUGCCCAUUGAUGUACAACCCCAGGCAAUAUGAUUACGACAAGGAUGAUGUUGGAGAUCGCUGUGAUAACUGCCCCUAUGAACACAACCCUUCACAGACCGACACAGACAACAAUGGGGAAGGGGACGCCUGUGCUAUUGAUAUAGAUGGAGACGAGGUUUUAAACGAACGAGACAACUGCCCCUUAGUCUACAACACAGAUCAGAAGGACACAGAUUUAGAUGGUGUUGGAGACCAGUGCGAUAACUGCCCCUUAGUCCACAACCCUCAACAGACCGAUGUAGAUAACGAUCUUGUUGGGGACCAGUGUGAUAACAACCAGGACAUAGAUGAAGAUGGACAUCAAAAUAACAUGGACAACUGCCCAUACGUAUCUAACGCGAACCAAGCCGACCACGAUGGAGAUGGAAAAGGAGACGCUUGCGAUCAUGAUGAUGAUAAUGAUGGCAUCCCUGAUGAUCGGGAUAACUGCAGACUGGUUCCCAACAAGGACCAAGUGGACACUGAUGGUGAUGGUCGAGGUGAUGCCUGUGAGAACGAUUUUGACAAUGACAACGUUCCAGACAUCUUUGAUGUGUGUCCUGAAAACAGUGCCAUCAGCGUCACAGACUUUCGGAGGUUCCAGAUGGUUCACCUUGACCCUAAGGGCACCACGCAGAUUGAUCCCAACUGGGUGGUUCGAAACCAGGGUAAAGAGCUCGUGCAGACUGCCAACUCCGACCCUGGUAUUGCUGUGGGCUUCGAUGAAUUCAACUCGGUGGAUUUCAGUGGCACCUUCUACGUGAAUACAGAUCGGGAUGAUGACUAUGCAGGUUUUGUGUUUGGAUACCAGUCUAGCAGACGUUUUUACGUAGUGAUGUGGAAACAGAUCACACAGACCUACUGGGAAGAAAAGCCAUCAAAAGCCUUUGGCAUCUCUGGUGUGUCGCUCAAGGUUGUCAAUUCCACCACAGGAACUGGGGAAAACCUACGCAAUGCUUUAUGGCACACUGGCAACACAAAACAACAGGUGCGCACUUUGUGGCACGACCCAAAGAACAUUGGCUGGAAAGACUACACUGCCUACCGCUGGCAUCUCAUCCACAGACCAAAGACUGGAUUUAUUAGAGUUGUUGUGUAUGAAGGCAAGCAGAUAAUGGCAGAUUCUGGUCCCAUUUAUGACAAGACGUUUGGCGGCGGGAGACUUGGAUUAUUUGUUUUCUCCCAGGAGGCCGUCUUUUUCUCUGACCUCAAAUAUGAAUGCAGAGAUAAUUGAGUUGGAUCAGAAAACAUAGCGUAUUUCUUCUCUUCAAAUUGGAUCAACGCAGUGCCUUAGUGAAAUGAAAAUUGAGACUUUAUCUAUUAGUGACUAUACAGUAUGAGAGACGUACUUAAAUCCAAAAACUACAAGUGCCUGUAAGAAGUGAUCAUGCAUUGUUGGGACAACGAAGCAGAAACUAAAGUCCAGACAACAACAUUCCUUAAAACUCUUAAUAGUUAAUAGUUGCACAAAUAAUCUUUGUAAUGUCACAAUGAUUCCUGCCAUCUUGAAUAUAAACCCAAGCACCUUUGUUACGGGUUUAUAGUUUUGCAUUUCACAUUAUUUAGUCUUUUAUAUGUUUUUCUAGUCACUCUUAUUGAGAGAAAUUUCAAGCAAUAGUUUUGUGUUUGUUGCGUGCCUGUAGGGGAGAUGUAUCAUAUUAAGACUUUCACCUCUAUCUACUGUAACUUAUUUGUCUUUUUCUGUGCGAGUUUAUUAGUUAACAUUUCUUUUGUAUUUCCUCUUGCUGACAAUUUGUAAAUACUUAUUUAUUUGUUUACAUUGACACAUUUUUGAAAGGAUGUUGAUCGUAUUGCAUUUAUGAAUAUAAUACAGUAAGUCUCAUCAUUGGUAUUGCUAUGUAUCUACAAGUAAAUGUGACGAGGGAACGUUUAAUGUUAGUUUUUGUAGUGUUAAAAUGAAUUCGUUUUUAUUAGCAAUGUGGUUUCUGUACAGAACCUAUGUGGAAAAUACAGUCAACUUUUAACAUUGAUGGCCCCAAUAACCCCAACAGCAGAGAUUUACCAUUGUUAACAUGUAUAAUUCUGAUAAACUAGUGUUGUGAUCUUAUUAAAGGGAUAGUUCACUCAAAAAUGAAAAUUCUGUUAUCAUUUAAUUACUCUCAUGUUGUUAUAAACCUGUAUAAAUUUCUUUGUUCUGAAGAACACAAAGGAAGAUAUUUUGAGAAAUGUUUGUAACCAAACCGUAUUAUUUUCUCCUACUAUGAAAGUUUAUACAGGUUUGUAAAAACAUGAGAGUGAGUAAGUGAUGACAGAAUUUUCCUUUUUGGGUGAACUAACCCUUUAACGCCUCAAUUUUCAACCUUUAAUUUAUAUUCCUUUACCAGUGAGAAGGGCAGUUCAAGAAACUCCAGUAAUAGAUGUAGUACCAGUUAUAUUUUUAAUGUGCUGAUCAUGAAAUAUAUUUCAUACCCCUCAUUUACAUGCUUGGAACCUAAACUUUUCCAUUUAUUCCAGUCACAGCACUUUAUGAACGACUUUCUUAGAUUGAACAAUUACAGAUUCAUCUGCAGUUUACGGCUUGCUGCUAGUCACAUUUCUUAGGAAUCAUACUUGUUUGUUUUAAAUAACAAACAGUUGUUUGAUAUUCUCACAGUAAUAUGCUUUAUCAUGGCAAAUAUGUGAUGAAAUAUCUUUUGUCAAUAAAAUUAUAUGCACAAAAAU